AUGCUAGGGUUCACUCUUCCGCUUCACCUGCAGCUUCGCUGCUGCCAACACCUUUCCCAACAACCGCCCCUUCCCAACCCGAUUUCGCCCAAGCCCUUCUACCCGCCGCUUCUUCCCUCUCUCCCUCGGCCCCGAACCGGUCCCGGUCUGCGCGCUAGUUUCCCGGUCGGGUCCGGUUCGGUUUUCCCGGAGGAUGAACUGGACGUGGAGCUUGGGCGGCUACUCGCGCUUCUGCCGGAGGAGAUGAGGCGGCGCGUGAGCGACCACGUGGAGCUGCCGCAGCUGAUUGAGGUGGUGAUGGAUUUGGGCCGGAAACCGCUCGCGAGGUUUCCCUCCGGCGAUUUCGUGAUAUCGGAGUAUCCUAUCACGGUUCAGGAUAUCGAGCACGCCACUGCUCAGGUUGGUGACUUUGCUGUUGAUAAUCGAGCAGGAAUCAGCAGGACAUUGCAUCGGAUUAGUGCCAUCAGAAAUCGCAAAGGCACAAUUAUUGGUCUAACUUGUCGAGUUGGUAGAGCAAUUUCAGGGAGCGUUAAGUUGUUGCAAGAUUUGAUUAAAGAUGGGGCUUCAUUGUUGCUCAUUGGACCACCCGGAGUAGGCAAAACUACAAUUAUUAGGGAAAUUGCUAGGAUGCUGGCAAAUGAUUACAAGAAGCGCGUUAUGAUUGUUGACACCUCCAAUGAAAUUGGGGGUGAUGGUGAUAUACCUCAUGCUGGAAUAGGCAAUGCUCGUCGUAUGCAAGUCCCCAACUCUGAUAUGCAACAUAAGGUAUUGAUAGAAGCAGUUGAAAAUCACAUGCCACAAGUGAUUGUGAUUGAUGAAAUUGGUACAAAGCUUGAAGCAAUGGCUGCAAGCACAAUUGCACAACGUGGGAUUCAGCUUGUUGCCACUGCUCAUGGAAUCACAAUCGAGAAUCUGAUAAUGAACCCUUCAUUAGAGAUGCUUGUUGGAGGAAUACAGAGCGUGACACUAGGGGAUGAAGAGGCCAGUCGCAGGGGUGUUCAGAAGACAGUAUUGGAGAGGAAAGGCCCAUCUACAUUUAGUUGCGGAGUGGAGAUUAUUUCUAAGACAGAAUUGCGCAUUCACCGUAGCCUUGAAGCAACUGUAGAUGCCAUUCUUUCUGGUCGUUUUCCAAAUGUAGAAAUACGGAAGAUGAAGUCUCAAGAACAGGAAGAGAUUUUACACGAUGGACCUGUUAGUGACAGUUUUCUUCAGAAGAAUGGUGAGAUUAUGUUUGAAGAAGCUACAAAGGGAGCUGAUGACCAAACCAGCCAAAAUGAAUCAUUUUUGAAGUUGCCUAUUGACUUGGUAGAAGAUUCCUGGAAGCAUAAAUCGCCACUUAGCCUCUUUUGUUACGGGAUUUUAGAUGCAACUGUUAUUCAAGGGAUUAAGCAGCUGAAAAUGAAUGAUGCGGCCAUUCAAUUGACUGAUAAUAUUAGUGAAGCAAAUGCUUUACUUGCCUUGCAAUCAAAGCUUAAAAAGAAUCCAGGGAUCCAGGCUGGUGCUAAAUCUCAUGAGAUUCCCAUUUAUGUGACAAAGACUAGUUCUUUGGAGCAUGUAACAAAAGCUAUUCGGGCAUUAGUAAGUGAUUACGAAUAUGGUAUAAAGGAUUUUGAACCAACAGAUAAGACAAAAUCAUCAGAGAUUAUUAUUGAUGCUUUGGAGGAGGCACGAAUGGCUAUAGAGCAGACAGUGAUUCCGAAGGGAGAACCUAUGGAUCUACUACCAAGAUCAUCUCACAUAAUUUCUCUGCAGCUGGAACUUGUCCGUAAAUACCAGCUAGAAACAAGGAGAAUCAGUGGGGAGUCAGGUGUACAUCAUCUACGCAUACUUCCAUCCCAUUAUGAAAGUGAUGAAGUAAAAACUAGUGAAACUUCUGAGUUCGAUAGUGAAUUAGAUGAAUUUGCCUCCAAUGGCAGCGUGAAUGGCUCGCUCUGCGCCCUGGAUAGAUUGCCCCUGCUACCCGAGUAG